CAAUCGUUCCUUCUUUAUUUGUAAAAAUGUAAAAUCGCAGCUCAUUUCAAUUAAGUUAAAACACCGAAUAAAAGAAGGCAUAGACGACAAAAUUUAAUCAAAUUGGAACAAAUUUUAGUGUUAGUGUUUAAGUGAUAUUAUAAACUCACGCAAAGAACGUAAAAUAUAGCAAAAAAGAGAAAAAAAAUUAAUAAGAAAAAGAAUUGUGAAAGAAAUAGAAAUGGCUCUGAAUAAGACGGCCUUCUCAAAACGGGCCGAGCAGCUAAAACGCUAUGAAGAUUCUGAAACUAAUCGCGAAUCGGUGUUGCCAAAAAAUUCAAGUGCAAGAAAAGUGAGAUUCUCGGCUGGUUGCAUUUUUCUCGCAGCUUGCGCUGCUGGUGACAAAGAUGAAGUUCUCAAUAUGCUAAACAGCGGUGGAGCUGACAUAGAUACAGCAAAUGUCGAUGGGUUAACAGCUUUACAUCAAGCUUGCAUUGAAGAUAAUCUUGACAUGGUCGAAUUUCUAGUGUCACAUGGAGCGGAUAUCAAUCGCAAAGACAAUGAAGGAUGGACUCCACUACAUGCAACAUCUUCAUGCGGAAUUGUGAGCAUUGCCAGAUAUUUGAUCGAAAAUGGAGCAGAUUUGGCGGCUGUUAAUAGUGAUGGUGAAUUGCCGAUUGAUAUUGCGGGGACAAAGGGAAUGGCCGAUCUACUUCAAAGAUAUAUUGACGAUCAAGGAAUCGACUGUGAAGAAGCUCGAACACAAGAAGAGAAGCAAAUGCUGGCAGACGCUAAGAAAUGGCUUCGAUCUGAUGCAAGCGAAGCUGAUCGACCACAUCCGAAGACUGGAGCAACUGCACUUCAUGUUGCUGCUGCAAAAGGAUACACGAAAGUUCUUAGUUUACUUUUAGCUGGACGUGCUGAUGUUGAUCGACAAGAUAAUGACGGUUGGACGCCCUUGCAUGCUGCUUGUUAUUGGGGAAAGAAGGAAGCCGCACAGAUGCUUAUCGCUUCCAUGGCUGACAUGGACAUUCAAAAUUAUUCUAAUCAAACAGCAAUUGAUAUUGCACCUAGCGACAUGACACCAUGGCUCGAAGAGCUUAAAAAGAACAACAAACGAACAAAACGUCGACCUAUCAGUCAAAUUAGAAUAAGUGAUAACUUAGAUAACAACAUCGAAUCACCACCGAAAGUCAUUCGUGUUGAGGUGAAAUCGCCAGCUGAAAAUGCAAACGCUGAAUCCGAAAGUGAAGAAUCUGAAGAAGGUUCCGAAUCGGAUGAAUCUGAAGAGAGUGAAAGUGAAGAAAUAGAUGAACAACAAACAAAUAAAGUUUCAUCGGCUCGUGAUCAGAUGCAACUGCCAUUAACGAAUGAUAAUGAUUCCAGCGAAGAUAAGAGUCGAUUGAAUGUGACGUCAAAAGAGCAAAAUACUCCACAAGAAAGUCCACCAAAAAUACAAGUUCCUGACAAAGAAAACCAAACAAAUGACUCAGAAGUGAUUUUGAGACGAACACAGAGCUUUGAGAACGAUCAGAAAUUCUACCAUAGAUAUAUCGAGUUGAGAGCAAGAAUAAAAGCAAAUUCUUGUCCAGCACUGCCAGCAACUCCCGUUGGAAACAAUGUUGGUGUUGAAGGUGACAAAGACGCAGCUGUUAAGCCCACAACGAACUUUAUUAUUCAACGAUCAGCUUCACUAAAGGAUCAUAGACAUCAAUUAAGUAAAAAAAGCAAUGAGAAAACACCACCAACGAGUCCAUCGACACCAGCAUCAACGCCAGGCCACAUGAGAAGUCUUGAGAAGCCAACAGCAAAACAGGAAUCUGCAGUUGGCGCUCUCGCUACCGCCAAUCAAAAUAUAAUUGACUUGAUUGCGAGACGUUAUAGUUCACCAUCGGAUACGUUGAAGAAUGUAAUGACAAAUUCGAGUGUCAUUGCAAAUGCUCGUAAACACACAUCAGCCGAAGUUGCGGCUCCUUCCACUGAAAAGAUUGAAGAAUCAAAAUCACAACCGCAACCUCAGAGCCCAACAAGUCCAUCGACACCCACAACGAUGCUCAAUAAAUUAUCGCCUGGCAAUAUUUUCAAAAAUUUCUUCAAAUCUUUUGUGCCGCCAACGCGUGAUGAAGAAAGUGAAACACAAAGAAAAGCUCACGCGAAACGUGUUCGUGAGACACGACGAUCGACGCAAGGUGUGACACUGGAUGAGAUCAAGAGCGCUGAACAGCUGGUGAAAAUGAAGAAUGCAAACAACAAUAAUGGAAAUACGGAGAACUCGAGUGAGCUUAAUGAACGCUUAACAGAGUCAGAAUCAGCGGCAACAGUUGUGGAAAGUGAAGAUUCGUCGUCGAAUGAAGUCGCUGUUAAUUAUACAAUAAGUUCACCUUUGAGAAAAACAAAUCGAGCGAGUGUUGAUAAAGAUGAAGACGAGAAUGAUGAUGAAAAGAUCUCAGCUACGUUCACAAUUUCUCCGCCGCCAAAGUCCAAUACAAAUGCAAUAAAUCUUUUGACGACACGUCUCGAAAAGGGUUUGGAACUCGACGAUCAUGAAGCGGGAGAAAAUUCUGUCACCGCAACCAUCAAUGUGCCUCUAAUACCGAACAGAAACACCACCACGACUUUUGAUGUUAGUGAUAAGUUGAAGAAGACUGAAGAAGAUGAAUCGUCAUCGCCAACUUACCAAAAGCUUCCACCGAUUCCACAGCCUCGAUCACUCUUUGACAUCGAUAAUUCAUCGUCAUUGAAGUUGGCUGACAAGCUUCAAGAGGAAGCAAAGAAAUGUGAUGCGAAUAUGAUCAACGACGAUUCAAAUAGCGACAGUGUUGAAGUUUCAGAGCCACUUCCACCAUCGCCCAUUCAUCACACAAUCUUUGGCGAAAGAAAACCAUCAUGGCGAUUUAGAAAUGAAUACAGCAGCAGCAGCAGUAAGUUCAAAAACGAAGAAUCGACGUCGGGAAAUUCUUCGAGUCAACAGCAGCCUCCAACAUCACCUACAAAUGGAACAACGGAUAGUCCACACAUAUCAACAAAUUCGUUGUCAGCUUCAACUGAGAAAGAAUCGCCAGUGACAAUAAAUCGAUCAGAUGAUGACAAAGAAAAUGAGAAAGAAAACGACAAUCGUACUGGUCAAGCAACACAAGCUGUCAUUCAACGACGAAGACGGCCAAAGCGAAGAUCGACUGGCGUGGAUAUUGACGCUGAUCGACAAGAGUCACCAGUGGACAAUGGCGAUGAUAAAGAAUUGCCUGUUGCACCGCCACGUCGACGAUCGUCAUCAUUGACAAGAAAUGUUGGAUCGUCAAAUGGUGGAUAUCAAUCCAAUGGCAGGCCAUUCAGCGUUCAUGGCUCUGCUAUGAAUUUUCCUUCUUCUCAUCUUUAUGGUUCCAAUCAAAACUUAAGAAUGGCUGGUGGUGGUGAUUAUUAUGGGAAUGGUGACUAUCGAAGAUCUUCUUACUCGUCACCUUACAAAGAUCGCUAUCCACAAAGCUAUUAUGCAAAUGGUUCCAAUGGGGGAGGCUACACGUCAGCUUAUAAAGACAGAAACUAUUACAGUCCCUACACAAGCUACGAUAAUGGCGUGACAACAGCAAGCUUAAGCAUCCCUUCUUCAGGAUCUUCAAUGAGACGUGAAUACACGCCAAUGCGUAGCAAUCUUCUUUCAACAUCAACAUCUGGAUUGGGUGGAUCAAAUUCGAACUUAAGCGGUCAAAGUAUUAACGAUAAAGUUACAAGCAUUGGACGAUCGCAAUCAUUACGUGAACACGAACGAAAAAAUCGAUCGAGAAAAGCUAAAGAAGCUGCAAAAGCGGCAGUGCCUGACAUGCCAUAUGAUGCUUCUGGAAUGAGUUCACUUUUAUCAUCAGCUAAUAAAUCAUUGAGUUCCCUUUCAUUGCAAUCGGAAGGAUAUGAAUCUGGAAAUGAAUCCCGUUCACGUGCUGAGUCUCUCGCAUCGAACGCUCUUGGCGAUGCCAACGAUGACGAUGGUUUUAUCGACUAUAAAGCUCUCUACGAGGCUGCAAAAGCUGAAAAUGAACGCUUGAAGGGAAGCUUGAAGAGCAAGGAACAAGAUUUGGCUGCUGCAAAAUCAGCUUUGGAAAGACUCACCGCAGCUGCAACAAAAAGUUCUUUAUCGGAAAAUGAAAAGCGUGAAAAACGAGCAAUGGAGAGAAAAAUCUCCGAAAUGGAAGAAGAGCUGAAGGAAUACGAAUGUAAAGGAGGAAGGAGAGGAUUUGGUCGUGGUGGUGGCUUUUCCAGAUCAAAACCAUCUUCAUUAUCAAGUUAUUUCUCUAUACCAAGCUACAGUAGCAGACCUGCACCAUCAUAUUCUCCCAGUUAUUCAAAUCCUCCAUCAUAUUAUAGUCCCAGCAACACAAGAUAUUCGGGUUACAAUUCUUAUCCAAACUAUGGAUCAACAUUUGGAUCCACGGGCCUUCGAGGCAACACAUACAUCCAUAACAAUUAUUAUGGAUCUCAUUCAGGCGGAUCACCGUUCUUGACCAAUGCUUUAUUUUAUGGAGCUGGGAUGCAUCAUGGAUAUUCAUGGGGAAGUCACAAUUCUUAUCGCCAUAGGUCAUGGUCCGAUGAAGAUGAUAGGAGAUGGCGAAUGACAACAAAAGCUCCAUACUUCGAGAAUAAAGUUCCAGGAUCUGAAAAAGUUUUACCAGCAGCUGCAGUUGUUGGUGCUGCAACUGCUUUUGGAUUAAUUUCGUUGCUUCCACUCAAUGUUCCACCAUUCAAGCCUUUAAUGUACUGCAAUGGAACUGAAAUUGCACAAUCACCCAUCAACAUCGACGACAAAAUUUACAGAUGCUCGAACAAAAGUAUUUUGAUUUCUUCUUGCGACUUCAUAAAUGAGAACCAAGUUUUCAAUGAAGAUGAUAAAUGUGUAAAUAAAACCAUGGAAUGUCAUUCCAAGCAUUCAAAUGAUGAAAUCUUUUGUGACAAUGGAACUUUACUUAGUCGAUCUUCACUUGUUUGUAAUUCUACGACAUUUUUGAAUGGAACCCAAUACAACGAAACGUUGACUAUUUUAAAUUGUUUCAAAGGAGAAAUCAAUGCUAAGUUGGCUUCAUUUAUCCCAACAACUACAACCGAAGAACCAUCAACGACUACGACUGAGAAGAAUCUUUCUGUGCCUUCAAGGAUUCAUGUUUUCUUCAUGAAAAUCAUCGGAAAGGAAGAAGCACUUAAGAAGAUCACAACGACAACAACCACAACUACAACCACAGAUGAUCCUCGGUUAACUUUGAAAGAAGAUGAUAAGUUGUGGGCUGCCGAAGCGAUGACAAUUCCACCAGAAAUGAUACCUGCAUCUACUACUGAAGCUCCAUAUGUUGUAAUGAGAGGAAGAUGGGUAAAAGUAGAAAAUGGUUCAGUAGUUCGGGUGUAUGAUGAACCAUUGGAUACAUUACAUGCGAUGAUUUAUGAAUCUUCGAAAAAAUGGGGUCAUAACGACCACUACAAAAAGGUUCUGAUUACAACUGAAUCUACCAUGGAAGAAACGACGACAUUACUUCCUGAAGUUUACUCAGGAGGUCCUUAUGUGAUGAUGAAGCUUUCAAGAAAUAAUGAGACAAACGUUGUAGAAUUAAUUCAGUUGAACAUGGCAGAACAUUUAACUUACAAGACAGCCAAAAUCUUAGGAAAAGAAUAUUUUUACGAUGACAUUUAUAGGAAAGUUCCUUUUGCUGCAAGAGGAAGGGGAGGAUUUGGUCGUGGUGGUGGCUUUUCCAGAUCAAAACCAUCUUCAUCAUCAAGUUGGUUCUCUAAACCAAGCUACAGUAGCAGACCUGCACCAUCUCCAUCAUAUUCGUCAUAUAAACCAGCACCUUCUUAUGGAUGGAAUGUCAACAAACCUAGUGGACCACCACCCGCUUAUCCGGGACUUAGCAAUCGACCAGUAAAAUACGGAAAUUCUCCGCCAUCAUAUUCUCCCAGUUAUUCAAAUCCUCCUUCAUAUUAUAGUCCCAGCAACACAAGAUAUUCGGGUUACAAUUCCUAUCCAAACUAUGGAUCAACAUUUGGAUCCACGGGCCUUCGAGGCAACACAUACAUCCAUAACAAUUAUUAUGGAUCUCAUUCAGGCGGAUCACCGUUCUUGACCAAUGCUUUAUUUUAUGGAGCUGGGAUGCAUCAUGGAUAUUCAUGGGGAAGUCACAAUUCUUAUCGCCAUAGGUCAUGGUCCGAUGAAGAUGAUAGGAGAUGGCGAAUGACAACAAAAGCUCCAUACUUCGAGAAUAAAGUUCCAGGAUCUGAAAAAGUUUUACCAGCAGCUGCAGUUGUUGGUGCUGCAACUGCUUUUGGAUUAAUUUCGUUGCUUCCACUCAAUGUUCCACCAUUCAAGCCUUUAAUGUACUGCAAUGGAACUGAAAUUGCACAAUCACCCAUCAACAUCGACGACAAAAUUUACAGAUGCUCGAACAAAAGUAUUUUGAUUUCUUCUUGCGACUUCAUAAAUGAGAACCAAGUUUUCAAUGAAGAUGAUAAAUGUGUAAAUAAAACCAUGGAAUGUCAUUCCAAGCAUUCAAAUGAUGAAAUCUUUUGUGACAAUGGAACUUUACUUAGUCGAUCUUCACUUGUUUGUAAUUCUACGACAUUUUUGAAUGGAACCCAAUACAACGAAACGUUGACUAUUUUAAAUUGUUUCAAAGGAGAAAUCAAUGCUAAGUUGGCUUCAUUUAUCCCAACAACUACAACCGAAGAACCAUCAACGACUACGACUGAGAAGAAUCUUUCUGUGCCUUCAAGGAUUCAUGUUUUCUUCAUGAAAAUCAUCGGAAAGGAAGAAGCACUUAAGAAGAUCACAACGACAACAACCACAACUACAACCACAGAUGAUCCUCGGUUAACUUUGAAAGAAGAUGAUAAGUUGUGGGCUGCCGAAGCGAUGACAAUUCCACCAGAAACGACAACUACAUCUACUACUGAAGCUCCAUAUGUUGUAAUGAAAGGGAGAUGGGUAAAAGUAGAAAAUGGUUCAGUAAUUCGGGUGUAUGAUGAACCAUUGGAUGCAUUAGAUACGAUCACUUAUGAAGGUAUUGAAAAAUGGGGUUUCUAUGAUGACGGCAGCUACAAAAAGGUUCUGAUUACAACUGAAUCUGCCUUGGACGAAACGACGACAUUACUUCCUGAAGUUUACUCAGGAGGUCCUUAUGUGAUGAUGAGACCUUCAAGAGAUAAUUCGACAAACGUUGUAGAACUAAACAAAUUGAAUUUGGAAGAAUAUUUAAGCUACAAGGCAGCCAAAAUUUUAGGAAAAGAAUAUUUUUACGAUUACAUUUAUAAGAAGGUUCCGUUUGCUGCAAAUUGUAGAUUUUCAAAUCGAGUAAAAUCUGUGAACAGUUCUUUGUUGUUAACUAAAGCAUUGUUUUAUGGAAGUGGAAAACAUUAUGGUUCGUCAUGGAAAAGUCAAAAUUCACUCAGAAAAUUCUGGAGUGAAAUUGAUGACAGAAAAUGGCGAAUGACAACGAAAGCUCCAUACUUUGAAAAUAAAUUUCCAGGAUCGGAAAAGUAUUUGCCAGCAGCUGCAGUUCUAGGGGCUGCCAUUGCAUUCAACUUGGUUACAUUGUUGCCUUUGAACGUUCCACCUAACAAACCAUUAUUGCAUUGUAAUGACGUUGAUGUUGAACAAAUCAACAUUAAGAUUCAAAAUGAGGUUUAUUUCUGUAGUAAUGGAAUAAUCACAUACCGUCGGUAUGAUCAAAAUGAUCAUUCAAGAGAGUCACAAAUCUACAUCUCAAAUCAAAUAUUGUACAGUCAUUCACUAUUAGUUUGUAAUUCAACAACCACAGAUGAUUUUUCCAACGAGAAAACUCUGUUUUGUUAUUUUGGUUCAUUGCCUGAAAUAUCUGCUUCUUUUAUUCCGACAUCAUCCAAUUUUUUAUUCAACUUAACUGCAAAAGAAUUUGAGAAAUUACAAAAAAUUCACAAGGUUUGGAUUCCUAAUAGAAUUUCUACGGAUCAACCAAAAACUAAAUCAAUAAACAUCACAACGUUAUCAGAUGGUUCAACUUACAUAUCACACGAUAAUGUUGGAUUAUUGCUUGAUAAAAUGUUUAAAACAUUCCAAAAUGAAUCAUUUGGGGAUGGAUCUUAA